UUCAACAAAGUUACACCAAGUACAGUUAAGCGCCCACAGCAGGAGCUACUAUGAUCGCACCGAAGCAAGAUACAAGGCCGACCACAGUGGUGGACAGCCUGCCAACAACAAAAGUAGACUCGGAAACACCUACUUUUAUCCUCCUGCCCUCUGAGUUAUUGGUAGAAAUUCUUCGUCAUGUAGACGGUCGAUCUAUCUUGCGAUGUUCCUCUGUCUGCCGCAAAUUGAAUAGCGUGAUCGAUUCCUCUGCAGAGCUCCAGUAUCGUAUUGAGCUUGCUCUCGAUUGCAUGGUUGAUGGUCCCCAGAGCACCGUCACCAUUUCAGAGCGUUUGGAACAACUGCGUACCCUCCGUCGUGCGUGGACCCUGUUUGAGUGGAAGAAAGAGGUUCGGGUACCCAUGCCUGGUUCCUGCCACGCAUAUGAGCUUGUAGGAGGUAUAUUUGCGAAGACAUCACCUUCGGGAGGCCCUGCCAACCAAUUUGGUUCACAAAAAUUCAUCUCCUCCUGGCUGCCAUCCUCGUCGGGUCCUGGACACACGCUGGUUCGGAAAGACAUAGGUAUCUCGACAAGAGACUUCGCUAUCGAUCCAUCGCAAGACCUCAUCGCUCUUGUCCAAUCUGAUGACAACUUCGUGAAUGAUUCUAGUUACACAGAGGUACACAUACGCACUAUCUCCUCCAACGUCAAGCACCCCGAAGCGACAUUUCCUAUUCUUCGCACCCUCACCCCAUUUACGAUGACCAGUGCAUUCAUACAGAUCGUGGAUGAUGUGAUUGGGAUGAUGUUUUGGAUGGAGAUUGAAAGUCCUCGCAUUACAAUCUGGAAUUGGAAGAAAGGUCAAAUACUUGUCGAUCGCGACGGCGACGAAUUGCCCAAUCAUAUCAGCGACUUUUCCUUCAUUUCGAACCGUGCGUACAUGAUCACGCGCGGAAAAGACGGGGGCUCGAUCCAAAUAUUUACAUUUGGGGAAAAUCAACAGGAAAUCGCCCAUGUCGCGACCCUAUUACUGCCUCCCCUGAAGUCCCUCACCCAUUUGGUGCACUGCACGAUUCAUACCGGUCCCUUUGUGGCAAGGUGUCUUCCAAACACGCCCUUCUGGACCAAUCAGGAGGAACGGAUGUAUGUUCUAUCCAUGAAUUAUAUACAGGUGGACCCGAAUGUCCCUAGCGCGAGGCCGAAGUUUUUUCUCUUCUUUAAGAAUAGCACUCCUCUCAGGUACAUACGGAAAUACCACGAACAAAGAGAAACAAGCUCCUUGGAGGUGCCUUGGGAGGAGUGGGGCCCGCAUGAGAGCCGCAUGCUCCAUUAUCAAGCCCCAUAUCAGUGGUUGAGAUACGUCCAUGGCUAUCGAGUAGUCUUUCCGUUACUAUCUGGCAGCAUGCAAGUGUUGGACUUCAAUGUACGCAAAACUAAGCGGCAUGUCUUCCCUCUGCAGCCGGACUCCAAAGCGAGCAUUGAGGUCAUUGAUUACCCCACGACCAUCUUGUCGGACUGCCUUUUCCCAGACCCUGUUGAGACAAACUUGCCCUAUCGCGUUUGUCAGAGAGAUGAACUUGAAGGUUUUUCGGGCGUGAUGAUCGACGAGCAAAGAUUGAUUGGUUUGAAAAGCCCCUCGUUUGCUGAUGGGGAUAUGAAGGAUCUACAUGUUUUCGUGUUUUGACUGCUGCUGAACGAAACGUUGUACAUUGUGCUAUUUCACAAGAUAAGUGUUAUUCAUAAAUAAAGAUUACCAGGAAAGACUGUACAAUAUGGAAUGAUCGCUCAAUAAAUGAAAGUUCGAAUCCCUUGUUCCCUU